CCCGAGAUACGACUCCGACAUGUCGGAGUUCUCGGUAACAAGUCGGCUCAAGAACAUGGCCGCUUCAGGGUUUCGGCAGAUGGAGCUCAAUUGGUUCCUUACUAUAUUCUGGGGCUAUACCCGAUUGAUAAGAGUCCCCUCCCCUCAGUCUCCACUAUGAUUCAUGAGUGUGUUUCCUCUGGUUCCUCUCGCUCUUGUCUUGUCCCCUUCAUCAAAGGCAUUAUUCUGGACAAUCAUAAAUCACCAUUUAAAGACGACCACAUCAUGGCUUCCGAUAUGGAAUAUGUUCGUCUCGGCAACUCCGGCCUCAAGAUCUCCAAGAUCAUUCUUGGUGCUAUGUCCUACGGCACCAAGCAAUGGCAAGACUGGGUGCUGGACGAGGAGGAAGCCCUCCCCUUGAUCGAGCACGCCUACAAGCGCGGAAUCAACACUUGGGAUACGGCAGACGUCUAUUCUCACGGUCGCUCGGAAGAGAUCAUAGGCAAGGCGUUGAAGCAAUACAACAUUCCGCGCAACCGGGUCGUCAUUCUAACCAAGUGCUUCUUCGGGGUCGACGACGAAGGCGGCUUCCCGCCCAUCUCGGCCUCCGGCCGCAACGACGGGGACUUUGUCAACCGCGUCGGCCUGUCGCGCAAGCACAUCUUCGACGCCGUUGAUGCCAGUGUCAAGAGACUGGGCACGUACAUCGACGUGCUGCAGAUUCACCGGUUGGACCGCGACACGCCUCGUGAAGAGAUCAUGCGGGCUCUCAACGACGUGGUGGAGAGCGGGAAAGUGCGGUACAUCGGAGCCAGCACGAUGGCCGCCUGGGAAUUCCAGACCCUGCAGAACAUUGCCGCCCGCAACGGCUGGCAUCAGUUCAUCUCCAUGCAGAAUUACCACAACCUGCUGGCCCGCGAGGAAGAGCGCGAGAUGAUUCCCUACUGCCAGGACUCGGGGGUGGGGCUGAUUCCCUGGUCGCCCAUGGCGCGCGGUGUGCUGGCCCGGCCGUGGGGCUCGCGCUCCACGGUGCGCGAGUCGACGGACGGCGCCCUCAAGAUGCUGAUCCGCAGCCGCGAGACAGAGGCCGACAAGGCGAUCGUAGACCGCGUGGAGGAGCUCGCCAAGAAGAAGGGCAUCAGCAUGGCGCAGGUCGCUAUCGCCUGGUCCCUCAGCCACCCGAAGGAGAACCCGAUCCUGGGUCUCGCUAGCAAGGAGCGCAUCGACGAGGCGGUCGCGGCCAUCAAGGUGGAGUUGACCGCCGAGGAGAUCAAGUACCUGGAGGAACCCUAUAUCCCCAAAGCCUUGUCUAGCCUGGAGCGGUAGAUUGUCAGACCUCCUAUCAAGCACCAUAGAUGUGAAUGAUCAUAUCCACUGUUUUAGUCAGUUACAGGGUCUGCAAAUACCACUCCAGUACCUCAAUCAUGGAAUCGGGAAGAGAAGAAUGUGGAUAGUAUAUCUGGAAAUGCCAUUGGUAAUCGUGGUAUUCAUAAGUACGGGCUAUAUUGCGCUGAGAUAAGAUCCGAACGGACAAAUACAUCCGUCACUUGGCGAAAAGGAGGUAUCAGACAGAUUCCACGAAACAAAAAAGACAUCAAUAGUAACCUCCAGCUCCUGG